UAUAAAUAGUUCACUUUAUUUAACAGUUUAAUUAGUUAAUUAUUACUAAUUAAUUAGUACUUUCCCAGAAAAAAUGUUACGGGCUGGACUCGCGAAAAUAAAAAAUAAUCUCGGAAACUUUCCCCAUAAAUUAUGCAGCCUAACAUCUCAACGUUUCGUUUCGAUGCAUGAAGUACCUACAAAAUGCGAUGUGGUUAUCAUUGGUGGGGGAAGCAUUGGGUGCAGCACGUUGUACCACUUGGCCAAGCUCGGGCUGACGGAUGUGGUCCUUCUAGAACGCCACAGACUGACGGCAGGGACCACGUGGCACACGGCCGGCCUCGUUUGGAGUUUGCGACCCAAUGACACGGAAAUUGAACUGCUUCAAAUCACGAGGAGCAUGUUGGACAGGUUGGAAAGUGAGACUGGGAUUGACCCAGGAUGGAGCAUGGUUGGGGGGCUGUUCUUGGCAUCGACAAAAGAACGACUUGACGAGUAUAAACGUCUUCACACAAUUGGAAAAGCUUUUGGGAUCGAGUCCCAUGUUUUGGGACCGGAAGAAAGUCAAAAGAUUUACCCACUUUUGGACAUCAAAACUGUGUAUGGGACAUUGUACUCGCCUGCAGAUGGACACGUGGAACCCAACGGUCUUUGUCAAGCCUUGACCAAGUUUGCAACCAGGAAGGGAGCAAAGGUUAUCGAGAACUGUGAAGUUCAAGAAAUCAAGACGGAAAAUUCGAUCCUCGGAUCCCAAACUGUCAAGGGCGUCAAGACCAAUCGAGGUUAUAUCGAGACAUCCGUUGUAGUAAACUGUUCUGGUGCCUGGUCUCCAUCCGUGUGCAGUAUGGUGGGACUUUCCAUUCCGCUAAUUCCCAUGAAACAUUCUUACGUCGUCUUCGACACAAUCGAGGGAGCUAAAGGCUUGCCCAAUAUGAGAGAUCACGAUGGCUCCGUAUAUUUCCGCGUGCAUGGUGACACUUUGGCGAUUGGUGGGUAUGAACCGGAUCCAAUUAUCCUCGACAAGGUGGAGAAUGACUUCAGUUUCGGACUUUACGACCUGGACUGGGACGUUUUUGGGAAACAUAUUGAUUUGGCGAGUACAAGAAUCCCAAAGCUGAAAGAUGUCGGUAUAAAAUCUACCAUUUGCGGCCCAGAAAGUUUUACUCCGGACCACAAACCAAUUAUGGGCGAGGACCCCAGCAUUCGUGGUUUUUAUCACGGGUGUGGUUUUAACUCGGCCGGGAUGAUGAUGGGGGGCGGGUGUGGGAACCAACUGGCCAAGUGGAUCUAUUCCGGACAACCAGACCUCGACAUGUUUGGCUACGACGUGAAACGAUUUUCUCCCAAACUCCUCCCCAACAAACUUUGGGCGAAGGAACGAAGUCACGAGGCAUACGCGCAGAAUUACAAUAUUGUUUACAAAAAUGAUGAAAAGCUGGCUGGAAGGAACCAAUUUUUAGGCCCGUUGCACGCCACGUUAACGGAACAAGGUUGUUUCUACCAAGAGAGGCAAGGUUGGGAGCGUCCCGGAUAUUUUGUGGAAAGCCCGUGUCCCGUUCAACCUUACGAUUACUACGGUCAGUAUGGUCACACGCGGAAUUCCGACAUCACUUACAAGGAAACCCUUGCAGGGGAAUAUAGCUUUGGCUUUUCAAAACAUCAAGAAAUAAUACGCCAAGAAGCAUUAAACUGCAGGAAAAAAUGUGCAAUUUUCGACAUGUCAUAUUUCGGCAAAUUUUUCCUGGUGGGUCCCGACGCCACAAAAGCUGCGCAAUACAUCUUCUCCAAUGAUAUGAACAAACCCCCCGGAUCGGUGAUUUACACUUGCCUUCUUAACAAGAAUGGAGGCAUUGAGGCGGAUCUUACAGUGACCGUUUUGGACCAGAGGCAUCGACUGGAGGAAGGCCCAGAUUUCUCGGGUCUGGGAUAUUAUCUCGCCGUCGGGGGAACUACUUCCGCCUACACGUACUCCACCAUCAUGUCGAUCAUUCGCUCCAAGAAUUUUAAGGUGGACUUGGUCGACCAAAGCGAUCAUUAUGGGAUGAUGUCGGUCCAAGGUCCAAACAGUCGAGCGAUUUUAACUUCCGUCUUCAAUGACACGAUUUACUUUGAUAAUGAAUCUUUCCCAUUUUCGACGCAUAAAAUUUGCACCUUGGACGGGAUCAAUGUCAGACUUAUGAGGGUCAGUUUUGUGGGUGAACUCGGAUGGGAAUUGCACGUGCCUAAUGAUAAAUGUUUUAAAAUUUAUCACCAUAUUUGCGAAGUUGGUAAGGAGUUUGGACUUGUCAAUGCGGGAUAUCGGGCAAUUGAUUCGCUGAGCAUUGAGAAAGGUUAUCGCCAUUGGCAUGCUGAUAUCCGAUCGGAUGACAGCCCUUUGGAAGCUGGGCUGGGAUUCACAUGUAAAUUGAAAUCUAAUGAAGAUUUUCAUGGAAGAGAUGCCCUCGUGAAGUACAAAAAUUCUGGCUCCCUCAAAAAACGCUUAUUCUGCUUCACAAUUGAUUACAAGGACUCACCCCUUUGGGGUUUAGAGACGAUUUGGAAUGACACCACAAAUAAACCAGUCGGAUACCUGAGAAGAGCGGAUUAUGCGUUCACCUUAGAUAAUGGGAUUGGCUACGGCUACCUCUAUGAAGACUUGAUGGGACAGAAAUUAACAAAUGCGAAAAAUAUUGCGAAUAAUAACAGUUUUUCGAUCGAAAUUAUGGGACAACGUUUACCAGCACAAAUUCAUUUAAAGAGCCCUUUCGACCCGAUGAGUUUAAGAGUUCAAGGAGUUUAUUCUCAAGUCUAAUAGUAACAAUAAAGGUACGAGGGAAAUAUUAAGAAAAUCACUAGUUUUCAGUUAUUACCUACUUGAACUUGAUUGAACAAUAAAUAAUUGUAAACUACUAAUUAA